AUGAGAGGGACUGGACCGCAGAAGCUGGAGCAGUUUGAAGAAUCAAUAAACUUGUGCCAUGUGUCACAGACAGGACAUAGUGUUAGGUACGUGAAGCGACGGGUUGUGGCAGGUACAGAGCUGAAGACCGAGCUAACCCAACUCGGUGGGGCUGAAUAUUUUAAUCCCGGUGGAAUUACUUAUUUUAGUUCGGUUGGCUUGUAUGUUUUGGCUCAACUAGAGAAGAAUAAUCCCAAAUCAUGUGUUGCAGAUGGAAUUAAGAGGCAAUUGAGAGAAUCACACUCUCCACCACAUCCACCGUCACGAUCACAGCAACCCCACAAUUUUUGCUUCUUCAAUCAAGAAACACAGAAAUUUUGUGGUGACAAUAGGGCCAGUAGGAAGGUGAGGAGCAAUGCAGAUCUCUGCAACGAUAUCCGGGAAUUCUUAUCUGUGGCCGGGUUUCCGGACGGCCAUGUUCCCUCUAUGAAGGAGCUUUCCCGUCUACAUGGAAGGCAAGACCUGGCAAACAUUAUUAGACGGAGGGGAUAUAAACUUAUCAAGGAGCUUCUUGCAAUCUCAACAAAGUCUGACGGAAAGGGGUCUGAUCCAGAGGAAGUCUUGGUUGAAAAACAGGAUAUAAGUGGUAAAUGUGAACAUGAAUCAACAGCAGGUCCAGGUGAAAGGGUGGGGGAUAUGACUGAAGAUGCUUCCUCAUCGAGUGAAGUUUCUGUCAAGCAAAAUGAUUUAAAUAGUGCAAAUGGAGAAAAUAAUGAUUAUGCUUUUAGCUCUGAUAGCAAAAGUUGCAUGGCUAUAGAAUCUUCCACCAAUUCAUCCUUGCAGGAGAAGGUGGCAAAGUUUAUCCAGAAUGGAAAAUUAGAUGCAAUGGAAGAUGAUGGCUUUGGCAUUUUAAAUGAGAUUGCCGCUAACAAUGGCAAGAAGUUCGUUGAGUCAGAGGAUGUAACAAAAGAAUUGAGUUCUUUUGGUCAAGAUGUAUCACCAUUGAAGCAAGUUGUACUUCAUACAUCAGGGAAAAACACCUCAAGGAAUGAUUAUUUUUCAAGUGAACGACUAUUCAGUGGUGAUCAUGAGGAUCUGGAUGUUGAGACCAUAAAAAUGGAAAACCAAACUGAAGUUGAUCAUCUCAAGUUCAUGCUGCAUCAGAAGGAACUGGAAUUGUCUCGUUUGAAGGAACAGGUUGAGAAGGAAAAGCACACUUUGUCUAUUUUGCAAACUAAGGCAGAAACAGAGAUCAGCAAAGCGCAGGAACUUAUCAUGGAGAAAGAUGCAGAAUUACAUGCUGCAGAAGAAAGCCUUUCUGGAUUGGAGGAGGUUGAGGUUCAGUACCGGGGGGAUGGUGAAGCUGUAGAGUUGGCAGGAAGCUUUAAUGGUUGGCAUCAUCGGAUUACAAUGGACCCACAGCCAUCAUCAAGUAUCUUAGACGCUAUUGGAUCAAGGAAAUCUAGACUUUGGACAACAGUGUUGUGGCUUUAUCCGGGGACAUAUGAGAUAAAAUUUAUUGUUGAUGGCCAGUGGAGGAUUGAUUCUCAGAGAGAAUCAGUUACUAGUGGUUCUAUGCAAAACAACAUUCUUCGUGUUAAUGGAUGAUAUGGCUUUGACCAGUGACAUUUUUUUUUCAUGUACAUACCACCAAGUGUUGAUGACUAUGGCAUUGACAAAUCCACCGUGCGGCCUGUUUAUUGUGGAUUCUGCAUGUUUUGGAGGAAAACAACAAUAAUUUAUUGGUUUACCAUUUCAUUGCUCUGCAAUGGAAUACAUCAAAACGCGGAGUGUGCGUUGGUGAAGGAGAUAUGAAACAUGCAGGAUAAUGCAGCUUCUGGCUUCACAUUACCACUAUGACAUUGAAAACAAGGGCUCUAACCCUAUCCUGAGCGGUUGUGUAAAGAAUUGACGGUAGUUCUGCUGCUGCUGCUGCUUUUUCUUUUUUCUUUUUUUCAGAGUGAUUUGGGCAAGAAAUCCGUUGAUUGCUGCAGAUAUAACUUGGUUCGUUCUGCUAGAAAAUUAGUGCUGACAGUCGCAUCGCACCAGCAUCCUGGUGCCGGUAAUGUAUCUAUUUUAACAUAAAUUUUACUGGAAAAUUAGGUUCACACUAGUACGCUGCUGGGUAUUGUAUGUAAUAAGUUAAAUUUUGUAUUUUUAGAUGGCAUUUCUCGCAUAUAUGACAUGAGAGAUAUUUAAAAGCUA